UAGAUGUACAGUAUAAAUAUGGUUAAAGUUGUACUCAAUGUACAACUAAAUCUUUUAAUUUAAUUUCAUAUAUUGCUCAUCUGUCCCAUUUCAUUUCUUGGAUAAGACUAGACAAUCGUCCAGAUGGAAGCUCAAAAGUGGAAAGGAAAAUACUAUUAGCUUUUAUGAUGGAUUUUGAUGCAGGUUAUUAUUAUUGCUAAUACCUCACUGGGGAUCCGUGGGACUGUAACGCUCGAAAACCUCCGCCAUAUGGCGAUAUUUCAUGAUCUAUAUAAUAGUGUGUUCUGUAAUCAAGUUGGGUCAGACUCGGACACCUCCCUUCAUGAAGUUUCACUUCGUCAAAGUGAGAGGAAAGUCUUGAAGUCCUUGUUCUUGUUAGCGAAAUACAAAUGCCUCCCCUCACGGACAGGUUUUCGUAAAGUUUAUCGUGAUGCAAGGUGAGAGUUCAUGCCCUCAGUGCCCCACAGAAGAUGACAUGAGAGAGGGGGAUCUAGGUGAUGGCAUGGGGGCCAGAUCCAGAGGACAUCAUGACCAUCUCCCACAGAUGAAGAGCAGGGGGAAAUUUCUAGACUUCAUGUCUCAGUCGCUACCAUUCAAAGGGGGCAGCGAGAGAAGCAAUGGGCCCUUCUCUUGGACAUCAUGCAGAGCUAUGUAUGCUGUUUUUAGGGAAGAACUGGAAGCUGAACGAGCCGCACGGUGGGAGAAAAGACAGUCGGAAAGCUCUUCUGAAGACACAAGUGAAGAGCUGCAGAGAAGACUACAGGAGGUCACAGAGGAAGUGGAGCUGUUACGCACAGAACUGGAGGUCACUCAUCGCCACCUGGAGGGAAAACAUGAGGCUCUUAGGAUCUUGCAAGGACAGGCAAUCUUGGACAAAGCAACUUGUCAUACCAAAAUAUUGCUUCAGAAGAGUGAAGAGAGCAACAAAGCCCUAGAAAAGGAGGUUAAUGCAUUGCAAUGGGAGAUCACUUUUAACAAGGUGCAGUUCAAGAAUGUGGAAAACUCAUGGAGUUUAAAGUAUGAGAGGGUGCUGGCAGAAAAUGAAGUCCUAAAGAAAGCACUAGAGGAGAAACUGAGAGAACAUCAGGAGCAAAUGACAGAGAAUGCCUGUAGGUCACAACGUAGUUCUUACUUUUAUUUCAGGACCCAAUUGCUGUUUUUUUUCCCAGUGCAUAUUUAUGCAUUUUGUGUCUUAGCCCUGAGCCAAAAAUGUCUGGAGCUUUUGUCAAUGCUCAGUGCUAAGGAAAGAAGGGACUACCAGAGGACCCAGCCUCCCUGCAGCCGGAGAACAGACGGUUCAGCGCUAGAGUUAGCGGUGUAUGGGGCAUGUCAGUGUAACUCUAAUGGGGGCGAGCCAUGCUCUUGUGCUAGAAGUGCUGCUGCAAGUCGCAAACAGGUUCUCCAGCUCAAGCAAGAGCUGGAGGAACAGCAGAAGAGGAAGGAGGAGGCAUACGUCAUGAUGGAUGCUUUCCGCAUCGCUUUUGAGCAGCAGUUGAGGAGAGUCGGUGAGAACGUGCUCCGGCAGGCUGAGACCGCAAGACACCAGUCGCACUACCAAAGGCAUGAGAGAGGGAAACAGGGGUCUCUCAGUGUAGGUGAAAGGCUGAAAAAAUUUCUGCCCAUAACAAGUGAAGGAAAGAUAUCAGCCAAUUCAGAUGAAACACUGCAUAUGCUGCUUGAUCUGUUAAAAGACAAAGAGGAAGCCUUGGCACAUCAGAGGAAGGUGAGCUACAUGUUGGCACAAAACACUAAGGAUUUAGAAAAACGUCUCCAUAUGCAGCUAGAGGAGCUGGACCUUUCACACAUAGACAGUAAAACAAAAACAGAGGCAUCUGAGGAGAGUGAAUGGAGCAGAGGAAGAGACCGUAGAUGCUCUGCAGAUCUCACUGUACCUGACAGCCCUGCAGCUGAUGAUGAGCAGACCUCCAAACCAAAUCAGCCUUCCACUGAAAUUAGAGAAGCUAAACCUGACAAUAAAGAUGUUUAAAAGAACAAGACAAGAAUUAAGUUUCAUGUUGUAUUACUUCAAAAGACAAAUACCUGCAAUAUUUUCAUAUUAUGUGCCAUUACCUAGGAAACCAGAACAUCAGGUAACCCAGAAUACCCAGAAUAACUGAACUGAAAAUACCCUCGAUUCUAACCACAAGCGCUCAAUGAAGUUGAUAGGAUCUAAUAUACAUUAUGCACAAAUUUUAAUUCUAAAAUUUUUAAAUUGAUGUGUUGGACCAGCCAACAAAUUUCAUGGUACUCCUAGGGAAUUCUGGGAAUGCUCUGUAAGUUCUAAAGUUAUACUGUUUCUUUAUAUACAGACAUACAUACUUGUAUGUGUUUUUGUAAAAAAAAUAAAAUAAUAAUGUAUAUAUUUCUCGGUAAUAUAAUGAUUUUUUAAUAUACUAUUUUUGUGUUUUAAUAAAACAUAUUUAUUAUUAUUAAUAUAUAUAAAUAAUUAAUUAAUACUACGAUUAACCAAACAUUUGACUAGUACUGUACAUUUCGUAGUGAAAGCGAGCUUUCGAAAGUGUGAACAUAGACUGAAUAACUGCAUAUCCCAUAAUGCUUCACGCUACCGGUUUCCGUAAUGUUUAAAAGUAUUAGCUGUCAUAAUGUAAAUGUUAUGUUCAAAAAAGUAUAUUACUUAUAACAAUAUAUGGGUUUAAUUAAACAUGAAUUGUAGUGUUUCAACUUAUGCACAACAGUUAUCUUAUCACAACAGCCUAUUUGGUCGUUUGCUACCUCAAACUACAAUCACUGUCAAACACCAAAGGUAAGAAAGCUAAGUUUCUAGCUGUCCAAUCAGAUACUGUCAUUGCAUUGGUCCAGAUUAAAAAUAAUCAUUUGUCCAAGUAAAUUUUUUCAGUCACUCAGACAAAUGAAGGGGAAGUAUGGGCUUUAUUUGUACCAUGAAAAAUCAUAGAUAGAAGGAAUU